CUACCUAGGCGGCAUGGAUCAAAACCCCCUGCCUUAGCUGAACGAUGCUACAGCCCGUCUACAUGUGAAGCUACACAGCUAUAAGACGGCGGCCGCCGCUGCCACCCUUUCCUGUAUAUUCAAGUCUCGCUCACCUUGAAACAUACCGAGUUUUAUACGAAGCUGAACAUUACUAGAAGCCGCUCGUUUUUUCUCAAUUAUCUAGAUAUACGUUCGUUUCCGCUACACAUAAGCCGUAAAGAUGAUCUCUGUCCACUGGGUCCUUGGCGCAAUCGUCGCCGCUACCGCUGUCUCCGCAUCCGCGGACGAGACCGAGCUCUUCGCCCACUUGCUCAGGCGUCAGGAGCCUGGCACCCCUGCCUACAACUGCCACGACAACUGCGGGCAGGCUAUUAUCCAAGGACGAUCUAGUGCCGAUGUCUGCAAUGACGAGAUAUUCCUGACCGACUACGAAAAUUGCCUGCAGUGUUCCGGACCGGAUAAUGAAGAUAUUUGGAAAUACUACAGCUCCUCCCUAACUCAAAGCGCAUCCCAAUGCGGCCUCUCAACCGAGCCCCUUACGGGCGACCAGCCAGACGUCGGACCCGCGCUUCCCGCCACCACCGGCGCGACGCAGUCGACGCAGUCGACUUCGUCGGCUCAGGAUUCAUCCGCCUCCUCCACGACCGAAGCCCCGACGACAAGCACUGCUGAGGAGGGGUCCAGCGGUAGCAGCGAGGCGACGACGUCCGCGGAUACUGCCAAGACAGGGUCCGGAUACGCCACCGCAACGCCUACCUCAGCGACCACCGGCGCCUCGCCGACCAGUGUUUCUGCCACCCUUACCCAGGCCCCCACGGGUACUGGCAACGGAACGGUUCCUACUACUACUUCGGAAAUCCCAGUCGUCAACAACGCUGCCCGCGGCCUCGCGGGCAGCUUUGUCGGGGUUUAUGGUGUUUUGGCUCUGGGUGCCGUGUGCGCUGUCGUCCAGUAGACGACGACAUUUACUUGUAUGUGACUGACCAACCAACUGACUGGUUCACAUUGUAAAUAGGUAGUUGCUUACCAGGUAACCUACCGAAGUACCUGGCCUAUUAGGUAUCAUGGUAAAAAAAUAUAGGUUGUAAUUAGAUAAUUGAAAUCACCUAAGCAUCACAUCGGUGUGAUUGAGACUUGCGUAUUCUUUCCCAUCACCUGCUAGCAGUGUUGCGCAAUUAUUGUGAGAAUACGCGUUGUAAAUACUUGCUCACC